GGGGCCCCCGGGCCGGGCCCCCCGCCGCGCCCGGGCUGGAUGAAUGUGGGGCAAGAUGGAGACCAAGACGAUCGUGUACGACCUGGACACCUCCGGGGGGCUGAUGGAGCAAAUCCAAGCCCUGCUGGCCCCCCCGAAGAGCGAGGACGGGGAGAAGAAGAGCCGGAGGCCCGAGAAGGAGGCCCGGCGAAGUGGCCGGGCCACGAACCAUGAUAGCUGCGAUAGCUGCAAGGAAGGAGGGGAUCUGCUGUGCUGCGAUCACUGCCCGGCCGCUUUCCACCUCCAGUGCUGUAACCCUCCAUUGAGCGAGGAAAUGUUGCCUCCAGGGGAGUGGAUGUGUCAUCGCUGCACUGUACGCCGAAAGAAGCGAGAACAGAAGAAGGAGCUGGGGCAGGUAAAUGGAUUGGUGGACAAAUCUGGGAAAAGGACCACCUCCCCUACCAGUGACACAGACCUGUUGGACAGGUCUAGCACCAGCAUCAGGGCAAUUGCACAUGCCAGGAUCUUGGAACGGAGAGCAAGUCGGCCUGGCACUCCCACAUCUAAUGCCAGCACUGAGACUCCCAAUUCAGAGCAGAAUGAUGUAGAUGAGGAUAUAAUUGACGUGGAUGAUGACUCUGCCAUUGCGGAAAUGGACUGUGGGCAGCCCCAGCUGAAGCGACCCUUUGAGCUUCUUAUUGCAGCUGCCAUGGAAAGAAACCCAACCCAGUUCCAGUUGCCGAAUGAACUGACCUGCACCACAGCACUUCCAGGUACUAGUAAGAGGAGGAGGAAGGAGGAAACCACGGGAAAGAAUGUUAAGAAAGCACAACAUGAGCUAGACCAUAAUGGUCUGGUUCCCUUGCCGGUGAAAGUCUGCUUCACAUGCAACAGGAGUUGCAGAGUGGCACCUCUUAUUCAGUGUGAUUACUGCCCCCUCCUGUUCCACAUGGAUUGUCUUGAGCCCCCUCUUACUGCCAUGCCCCUGGGCAGAUGGAUGUGUCCAAAUCAUAUUGAACACGUGGUGCUGAACCAGAAGAACAUGACCCUGAGCAAUCGGUGCCGGGUUUUUGAUCGGUUCCAAGACACCAUAUCUCAGCAUGUUGUCAAGGUGGAUUUCCUGAACCGAAUCCACAAGAAACACCCUCCCAACCGCAGAGUUGUUCAGUCAGUGAAGAGAAGAGGUUUGAAGGUUCCUGAUGCGAUAAAAUCUCAAUACCGGUUUCCACCCUCCUUACUUGCACCUGCAGCAAUUCGGGAUGGUGAGCUCAUCUGUAAUGGGGUCCCUGAGGAAUCCUCACAGAAGCACCUUUUGAACUCUGAGCACUUAGCCAGCCAGUCAGAACAACAAGAGUGGCUCUGUAGUGUUGUUGCGCUCCAGUGCAGCAUUUUGAGACAUUUAUCUGCUAAGCAGAUGCCUUCGCUUUGGGACUCUGAACAGACAGAGAAGGCUGAUAUUAAGCCUGUUAUUGUGGCAGAUGGCUCAGUCACCAACCCUUACCAGGCAGCUGACAAGGCACUCACACCUUCCCUUUAUUCCGUGUCGUGCACCUCAGGGAUUACCACCCAGAAUUCCUUGAGCUCUUCUCAAUCCCAGCAGUCUUUACCACAGGAAGAUGUCAAUUGCAGCUCUUGUAUGGAUAAGUCAAAGAAAGUAUCUUCUUGCGGGACUUCUAAUGGGCCAACUGCCUCUGAAGUUAAAGUAAAUGGUCCUCAUUUGUAUGGUGUUUCCUCUGAACCUUCGGCACACUUGACUGAUUCUCAGAGGCUAAUUGGCCCAGGGAAUGCAAUACCUGGGCUGUCUCAUCGGCAAACGUGGGCUAGGCCCCUCACCCCCCCAGCAGCUUGUGGACUUCUGAAUCACACCGUUGGAACUGUUGUGAAGACGGAGAACAUAGCAGGACCCGUUUCUUGUGCACAAAGGGGUUCUGUGCCAGUCACAAGUAUGCCUGCUUCCAUACCAAGCUCUUGUGCCAGCCUAGAGACCACCAGCACUUUGCAAAGAAAGAAUGUCCAGACGCAGAUAGGCCCCCCGCUGACAGCAGAAUUGCGAUCAGUUGGUUCCCCUUUGACUGCCACAAGGGCUCUUACUCCUCCACAGGCAACAGGAGAUGGGAUCUCUGCCAUCGGAUCCACACACAGAUUCUGUUCACCAGCACCACCUUCAGAUGGUAAGGUCAGUCCCAGCACCGUAUCCAUAGGAAGCUCUUUAACUGUCCCCUCAUCUUUCACUUCAAACUCUGCAGCUAUGUUGGACCUCACCAGCUCUGUGAAAGCAUUAAUGGAUGGCAACAGCGAGAUUGAGAUAAAUAUGCUGGAUGAGAAGCUAAUCAAGUUUCUGGCCUUGCAGAGAAUACAGCAGCUCUUUCCUUCCAAAGUUCAAUCUGUAGCGAGCAGUGUCAGUUCCCAUCAGUCGUCUCCUUUGGCAAAUCACAUUGAAGUGCAAAGAAAGGAAGUGCAAGCCCGGGCAGUGUUCUAUCCCCUGAUGGGCACAGGAAGUGCAGUGAACAUGUGCUACAGAACCCUCUACAUCGGGACAGGAGCUGACAUGGAUGUGUGCCUUACAAGCUACAGUCACUGUAACUAUGUGUCUGGCAAACAUGCCUGCAUAUUCUACGAUGAGAAUACAAAACAUUACGAGCUGUUGAACUACAGUGAGCAUGGGACGACUGUGGACAAUGUUCUGUAUUCAUGUGACUUCUCGGAGAAGACCACGCCCAUUCCUCCCAGCAGCAUUGUUGCCAAAGUGCAGAGUGUGAUCAAAUGCCACAAAGGCAGAAAAGAGGACGAGGAGCCGCACGAAGAAGCAGUCGUGAUGAAUUCCCAGGCACAAGGGCAACGCCGGAAACCCUGCAAUUGCAAAGCCAGCAGCUCUAGUUUAAUAGGGGGCAGCGGAGCGGGGUGGGAAGGAACAGCCCUGCUCCACCACGGCAGUUACAUCAAACUGGGCUGCCUGCAGUUUGUCUUCAGCAUCACUGACUUUGCAACCAAACAGCCCAAAGGGGACGCUGCCUUAGUACAAGAGAUGGACUUGGAGGAAAAGCUCUCUCUGAAACCCCACCAGGUGCCCGUGCUGCGGUCCAACUCCGUUCCCUAGGAGCUGAGGCAGAGCCGUGGGGGAAGAAAAGCCCUGUCCUUAGACUCCUGCAAUGCAAAAAUGUACAGACCAAGUUGGGAUUUUCUGUCGGCCCAGAAACUGUUCACGUGCCGUUUGCAUGAAAUGAAGAACGUUUCACUUUUUUAAUUAUUUUCUUCUUUUGCUCAAGUUUUAGGGGCAUUUGCACAUAUAUUUGUACUAUACAUUUCAUUUUAAAAGGAAAGCUGCAGCAAGAGGAGGACGUGUCAGAGCGAGGAGGGGGAGGGGCGGGUGCUGGCUGACUUGGACUCUCUCUGACAGAUCGGUCCCAUGCAGUUGUAAAAUAAUCAAAAACUUGUUCUAUUUUGUGCCAGUGACAAUAGUUUUAUAUUAAAAGAGAAAAAUACAGUUUUCAUACAGCAAAUCUAUACAAUAUCAUUGUUUUAUUUAAUGUAAAGAAGUGCUAUCCUCCCCCCACUUAUUUUACCCCACCCUCCCUGCUAUGGUUGCACUACAAGUAGCUACUGUGUAUUAUGGGCAAUGAGAAGUGAGUUCUUUUCCUGGUGUCCAUCCUAUUUUAUUUCAAAGAAGGAAAAGUAUUGGACUCUGUGUAAAUACAUCCGUGAUGGCAUUUUCAAUGUUUUAAAGCUGUGUACAGUGCUACAUGUGGUAUGACGUUGCCUCAAACUGUCUAUUGUAGCAAAUCGUUUGUCGUAAACCUGUUUGUCUUUUUUGUUCUCUGCCACCUCCCCGCCCUCCAGAACAGCUAGUUCCGAUGUACAUAGUCAUUGUAAUGUUUUAGACUUUACAGAAACUUUCCUGUAUUCUGUAUAUAAAAAACAAAAUACGUCACCUCCUGCUUUCGACUGUCUGUCCUGACUCUGUACACACAAGCAAGGAUCUACAAGAGCAUCCCAUGGCAAAACCCAACAUCUGUGAGAAGGGCUUCCAGGCUGGGCCCCCGGAACAGCCCUGGUCUGCUCCUCCCCACCUGCUCUGCCCCAGGCCUCCAGGAUUGGGGUGGCUGGGGACAAAGUGAGCUCCUGAAGAAUGGAAGGUUUGAAUACAGGGUGUAUCUGUGAUGGCCCCUGUGGCUCCCCUUUGUACUUGACCACAUCAGUGCCAUGCACUGGCGGUGUGCAUCCCCUCCCCCCGUACAGGGUAUGUUCUUAGGGCGGCGUGCUGCACAGCAGACUCGCUCUGUUGGCACUCAAGGUUUGUAGCUAUUACAGGGCGGGAGCGGCUUUCCCCUCCCCUCCUGGCUCUCCUGCCCUAGAGCAGCGCUCUGCUGUAUUUUUACUGGUUUAUACUCGAUGUUCUGAUCUGGAAAUACUAACUCUUUUUGUACAAAGACGUAAGGAUUUGCGAUCUGU